CUUUGAAUACCUUAGCACAACAGGGACCAGUCCGUGUCCGGGGUAUAAAAGAAACCCGCUGACUCAACCAAGAUCGUAGUGCAAUUCAAACGUUCUUCAACACAGACCUCUUGGAAAAACAAUCAACCCUCACUUGCUCAAGAAUGUUCAAAUUGGUGGUGUUGUCAACGAUCCUUGCUUUGGCUGCAGCUCGUCCUGGAUUCAGUUAUCAUGCGGCCCCGUUGCUGUACCACGCGGCCCCAGCUCUGAUUGCCAAACCGGAAAUUCACUACCAGAAAAGCAUAAUUGAAGAGCCCACGGUGGCUCACGUUGGAACCGUCGUAAAGCACAUUCCCACGGCCGUUUCGCACCAGAGCUCCACCGUUGUGCACAGCUCGGCCAAGUACUCCGAGCCGAUCUUCGCGCCAGCCGUCAAGCAUACCGUGGUGUCGACUCCAAUCGUCAAGACCUCUUAUCACGCGGUUCCUUCUUACGCGUACGCUCCGCUUCCGGCAUUCGAUUUCGGACACUAUCAUCAUUAAAUGGCGGACCGAGAUCUUGGGACGCUCAGGAUUAUACGGUGGAAAUUUCGUUAUAGCUAUUAGUGUUUACCGUCAGCUGGCUACAUACUCGAACUCGAAAUGAGUGAAACCGAUGGAUGGGCGGGGUUGCAGAGCAGUUCGCAUAUCGUUUACAAGUAAUCAGGUGCCGAUCCGAUCCUGGAGAAAAGGAUUGGCACGAUCAAGCUUCUUUUGUUCAUUUAUUGAUUGUUGGUGAAAGAUGAGAUGAUUGAUUGUGAUCAAUGUGAAUAAAAUGUGAACUGGAAAAACUG